AAGUUCGGGCUUCCAAUGGCAUUUACUACAACGUUAUUGGCAUGGAGUGUCCUUGAAUUCGGAAGCUCCAUGCAUGACCAGAUUGAUAAUGCCAGAGCUGCCAUCCGCUGGAGCACUGAUUACCUCCUUAAAGCAGCCACUUCCACUCCUGAUACAUUAUACGUCCAAGUGGGAGAGGCUAACAUGGACCAUAAGUGCUGGGAAAGGCCAGAGGACAUGGACACUCCUAGAAACGUGUACAAGGUGACCCCUCAAGACCCAGGAUCAGAUGUGGCCGGCGAGACUGCUGCUGCAUUGGCAGCUUCUUCUUUAGUCUUCAAAGAAUCCGACCCUCAAUAUUCCUCCAAAUUACUUGAAGCCGCCAUCACAGUAUUCAAUUUUGCAGAUACUUACAGGGGAUCUUAUAGUGACUCUCUUAAUUCCGUGGUCUGCCCAUUCUAUUGCUCCUACUCUGGAUAUCACGAUGAGCUUCUGUGGGGGGCAUCGUGGAUAUACAAAGCCUCUGGAAGUAGUUCCUAUCUGAGUUAUAUACAGUCCAACGGCCACGUGUUAGGCGCAGAUGAUGAUGCCUACUCCUUCAGCUGGGAUGACAAGCGAGGAGGAGCUAGAGUAUUGCUCUCCAAGGAAUUCUUGGAGAAGAACAACCAAGAACUGGAACUAUAUAAAGCACACGCUGACAAUUACAUAUGUUCUCUCGUAGCAGGAUCGCCAGGUUUCCAGGCUCAGUACACUCCAGGUGGGCUUCUUUACAAAGGCAGCGCGGCCAAUCUGCAGUAUGUUACAUCCACUAGCUUGCUGCUCUUGACGUACGCGAAGCAUCUGAGUUUGAGCUCCAUCAGAGUCCGGUGCGGCGGCUCCACCGUGACGGCACAGAGCCUCAUCGGACUGGCCAGAAAGCAAGUUGAUUACAUAUUAGGGGAUAACCCAGCGAACAUGUCUUACAUGGUGGGUUUUGGAGAGAGAUAUCCAAAGAAUAUUCAUCACAGGGGUUCUUCUCUGCCUUCCAUUCACGAUCACCCUCAACGUAUUUCCUGCAACGACGGCUAUCGGUACUACCAUUCUUCUGCUCCAAACCCGAAUAUCUUGGUCGGAGCCAUCGUCGGAGGACCCGACAGGUCCGACCGGUUUUCUGAUAAUCGCUAUAACUAUCAGCAAUCGGAGAUUGCGACUUAUAUCAAUGCACCCCUGGUUGGGGCUCUCGCUUUUUUCUCGGCCAACACCAUUUGA